AUGGGCUUCUUCUGGCGCAGGAACAAGCGGCAAAACUCGCAGCCCAAGAUUGCGCACAUCGAGCACAUCCGCCCGGACGGCAAGGCGCUCCCCGACACGCCGGCGCCGCAGUACGUCCCGUACAGCCAGCGGCCGCCCGGCGCGGGCGUGGCCUCGACUGCGUCCACGCCCUCGAGCAGCAGCCGCUCAACCCCGCCAAACGAGUACACCGAGUACAUGUCGCGUCCGCCGCAGGGCGCGUCGUCGUCGCCGCAGAACCGCUCCCCGCUCUCGUCCCCGAGCUACGGUAGUCCGGGCCAUGGAGGGGGGAGGGGAUGGCGGCGGGCUCGCGCCGAGCCGCAGCCUGAGCCGCUCGCGGAGCAACUCGAUCGACCUCGGCCCCGUGUCCCAGCCCACGCUGAGCGCGACGCUCGCGGCCGUGCGCAACCCGGACUCGUUCAUGAUCCCCGACGAGGAGAUCUUCUCGGAACAGGAACACCAGGCGUACACGGGCAUGGUGCAGCGGCAGGCCACCAUGAACCGCGGCGUCACGCGCAAGAAGAGCUACUGGAAGAGCGGCCGGUAAUCCGCCGCGGCGAGGUAGAGACACCGUACACCCCUCCCAUCCGCAACCACUCUACGGACACUGAGCACGAAGCUCAUCCAUCAAUCCACCAUCACUUUUGUCAUCCACCCAUCCAUCACUGUCUUUCGUGA